AUGGUCCGCGGCCGCAAAUUCACCGCCGCCCUCGUCUACAACACCGCCCGCGCCCGCGCGGGCGAGCCCAUAAUCCCCGGCCGCGCCGCCCCCGUCCCGCCAGCCUGGGUGCACGCUUUACGCAACAUCCCGCCCUCCGAGGUCCUCACCCGUCCUUAUCCAGUCCAACAUGCACCGCCUCCCACUUCGCGCGCGCCCAAACAACUCAAGACGGGCGUACCGCGGAAUAUGUUCCGGCCGCAGCGGAUCGUGCACCCGGAGGAUCAGUUACGACAGGAGUUUUUUAGGGAUCAUCCGUGGGAGUUGGCGCGGCCGAGGUUGGUGGUGGAGUUGGAUGGGUUGGAUGGUAGGAGGAGGGAUUGGGGGAGGGGGUUGAGACAGCCGGGGAUGGCUUUGAGUGGGGAGAGCGUCGUCCAACGCCAACUCUACCUCAUGGAAGUCACCGGCCUGUCCAAAGAAGCCGCCUACGACCAAGCACGCAAGGAGUUCUACAAGCUGCGUCAGCAGGAACAGAUCGAGCGGCGCGUGGCUGUUGAGGAGGCGCGUAUGUAUGGGGCGUAUUUUGGGAAGAACAACCUGCAGGUCGGCAUGCAGCUGGAGGAUGCGUCGUAUGACAAAUGGCUGAAGUGGGCGGGCGAGGAGAUUGCCAAGGUCGAGGCGAUGCAGCAGGCGGCGUAUGCGAAUGUCGUGGAUGUGGCGGAGGGAGAGGGGGAGGAGGGAGAGGAGGAGAUUAAGUUGUAG